AGGGAGACAUUGUUGACUUUGAAACAUCACAGGUGGUCGCCGGCUCUGGCAGCACUCCAUGUCGGUGCCGAUGAAAAUUUCUACUUGAACUAUCUCUGUCUUGUUGCACUACAAAUCGGAGGAGGAGGAACCCUGAAACAUCGAGUAAUCAAUGGAGAAAGAAGUGGAGCUUUCUUCAUCAGCUGAACCUAAAAUGGCUUCCCAACCCCAACAGCACAAGGGUGGCUUCGUUACCAUGCCUUUCAUCAUAGCAAAUGAAGCACUUGCGAGGGUGGCAACGUUGGGUCUGUUGCCAAACAUGGUAUUGUAUUUGAUGGGGAACUACCAUCUUCAUUUAUCCCAAGCUACCUACAUACUACUUUUAUCAGUUGCAACCACUAAUUUCAUGCCUCUUCCUGGCGCUUUCAUUGCUGAUUCUUAUCUGGGUCGGUUCCUUGCUGUUGGUUUAGGUUCCAUCAUCACUUUCCUGGGAAUGACACUCUUGUGGCUAACAGCCAUGAUCCCACAGGCACGUCCUCCUCCUUGCAAUCCUGCGACUGAAAGCUGUAAAUCAGCAACGACUGAGCAAAUGACAAUGUUAAUCUCUUCCCUUGCUCUCAUGUCCAUUGGAAAUGGUGGCCUUCAAUGUUCCAUAGCAUUUGGUGCAGACCAGGUGAAUAGAAAAGAUAAUUCUGAUAACCAGAGGGCACUGGAAAUAUACUUUAGCUGGUAUUAUGCUUCCUCAGCUAUUUCUGUCAUCAUUGCCUUCACGGGAAUAGUAUAUAUCCAAGAUCAUCUUGGAUGGAAACUAGGUUUUGGAGUCCCAGCAGUGCUUAUGUUCUUAUCCACUUUCUUCUUCUUCCUUGCAUCUCCUAUCUAUAUAAAGAAUGAAACACACAGCAGCUUAUUCACCGACUUCUUACGAGUGAUUGUUGUGGCCUACAAGAACAGGAAACUUCGGUUACCGUCUAAGAAAUCAGCAGGAAUGUAUCAUCAGAAGAAGGACUCUGAUCUUGUUUUUCCAACUGAUAAACUAAGGUUUCUGAAUAAAGCUUGCUUCAUUAAAGAUCCAGAAAAAGAUAUAGCCUCUGAUGGAUCAGCUUCAAAUCCAUGGAGUCUCUGCACAAUAGAUCAAGUAGAAGAGCUAAAGUCCAUUGUUAAAGUUAUUCCCCUAUGGUCUACAGGAAUCUUGAUGUCACUUAACAUUGGAGGCUCGUUUGGAUUGCUGCAAGCAAAAUCCCUGAACAGACAUAUCACCCGGAACUUCGAAGUGCCAGCAGGUUCUCUUACUGUAAUUAUGAUAUUUACAAUAUUUAUAUGGAUGGCACUUUAUGAUCGUGUCAUCAUUCCUCUAGCAUCGAAGCUCAGAGGAAAACCAGUUAGGAUAAGUGCCAAGAGAAGAAUGGGAAUUGGGUUGUUUUUUUCGUUUCUCCACCUGGUAACAGCAGCUAUUGUUGAGACUACAAGGCGAAAAAGAGCAAUCAGUGAGGGAUACAUUAAUGAUACUCAUGCAGUGUUGAACAUGUCUGCAAUGUGGCUUUUUCCUCAACUUUGCUUAGGUGGCAUAGCUGAAGCAUUCAAUGUAAUAGGCCAAAAUGAGUUCUUCUAUACCGAGUUUCCUAAGACUAUGUCGAGCAUCGCUUCAUCCCUUUUUGGACUGGCAAUGGCGGUAGGUUACGUGUUAUCGUCUUUGGUAUUUAGAAUUGUGGAGAACGUUACUUCAAGAGGGGGUAAGGAUGGAUGGGUUUCAGAUAACAUUAACAAGGGUCGUUAUGACAAGUAUUAUUGGGUUCUUGCUUCAUUGAGUGCUGUCAAUAUACUCUAUUAUCUAGUAUGCAGUUGGGCUUAUGGUCCUACUGCUGAUCAGGAAUCAAAGGUAACUGAAGAAAAUGAUUCAAAUGAGGAAGAAUUACCAUUAAUAGAAUUUGGGACUCAGGCUCGACAUGACAAGUCAGGUUAGUGAAGAAAUUUUAAGUUCUUUAUAAUGUAAAGUUUGUACACUAGCUGUAACUUAUAAAAAUUCGGAUCCACCUUACAAUGAAAUGAGUUUUGGUGUUUACAAUAAAUGAGAAUGCUAGCUAGCUUCUAUGUAUCCUGUGUGAGCUGCCACUAUUAAAGACAAAAGAUUCAUAUUUAGGAUCCUUCACAUGCGUGUCAAGCUACAAAUUAUUAAGGAAUGUUUUAGUUACUGAAUGAUAUCGUUUUUGCUGUA